GAGCGUAUCACGACCCAUAUGCCUAAUCCAUCUCUACCCUGAAAUAUAUGUUGAGGCCGAUUAUAAUAUACGAGUACUAAACAAAGUUAUGACACUUAUGAGGUAGCUUCAUCAAUUUUAGAGUAAAAGAUUGUAUAGUUAAGACAAAGUAAGUACUCCAUAAAGACUAUUUAAGUUUAUUAGAUUUACCGCAUCAAAAUACACUUAAAUUAAGCUAAAGUUUAUGAUAAGUUCUAACAACAGCCCUUAAAAAGUUAAACUACAUCCUAAUCAAGAUUAUCUAGAUUUUCCAAUUGUAUACACAAGUAUUACACACUUAACUAUACAUGUUGACUUGGUCAGUCUUCACAUAAUGCUGUUAUUACAGUUGUUGAACAUUCAAAAAAAAAAAAAAAAAAAGAAAAAGAAAAGAAAAAAAAAACUAUCCAUGUAGACCAGCACUUGGGACAUAAAGACUUGUUGACUUGGUGUUGCCAUGUGGACUUUUAAUUCUAAUAUACUAUAUUCUUCCAAAAAAUAAAUAAAUGUGACAAGGAAUAUCCAAACCCAAGUACAUUCAUUCAAUCAUUAAACAAAUUUAAUACACAUGUAGCUUUCACACCAUACUUUCUCCUUUUUCCUUAGCUUUCUCAACAAUGAGCUUCCUCAACACACUUCUUAUUUCUCACCCAUUACAUAUACAAUGCCUCAUUUUUGUUAUUCUUUCUACUUCAACAAAACACAACACUUCUCUUACCCACACUCACUCUCACUAUCCUCUUUUCGCUCAGUGUGUGUGCGCGCGUGUGCGUGUGUCUAGCUCGAACUUGUUAUUUUAGUUUCUUAUCAUAAAAAUGUUAGGUUCCACAAUUGAAUUGGUAGCUCAAGCUACUUCAAACUUUCAUUUUAUUUUCUGUUUUUGCAAUAUUAUCAUAGUUUUUCUUCUCAUUGAUCGCUCAAAAAGCGACAUGAAUCACACUCCAAGCAGCAUUGAUGCUUUUCAGAUUGUUUUAGAUCAAAAUACAUCAAGAAAUGACUAUGAGAAUGAUGCCAAAGUAGUAGAGGAUGAUUAUAUGAAAGAAGGAUCAGCCUCUGAAGUACAAACAGAAGCACCGAAACAUGUAGAUGAUGACCCUCAAGUAGCAGCAGCAGCAGCCUCUGAAGCGCAAACAAAAGCAGCGAAACAUGUAGAUAAUGACACUCAAGAAGAACAAGAACAAGAAGAACUAGAACAAGAAGAAGUGGCAGCUGAUGAUCAUGAGCUAAAUGCACGUAUUGAGGACUUCAUUAACAAGAUUCACAGAAAUUGGCGGGCAGAGAGGCUGAGAGUAAAAAUUUACGAGCAAGGAUGCUAGAAAGGACAUUCAGUUAUCAUUCCAGACGGAAAUUCAACCCCGAGUCUUGAGUACCACCACCCAACGUAACUAUACCACUUAGGCUACUACACAGCAAACAUUACGAAACAAGGAUUAAGAGUAAUUAAACUAGUUAACACAUGAAUCAGCCACUAUCAGGUAGUUUAGUUGUCAAAUUUUAUGCUACAAUAAGUUAAAAUAAAGGAACAGAAGAAUGUUGACCUUAUGUCCUACAAAAUGAUCAGUAUAAUUGCUUUUUCUUUUGGGUGGGGGAUUGAUAUUGAAAUGAAGGGA